UUUUAUUCCCCCCCUGUCGACUUCUUAUUUAGGUCGGGGAACUACAUACGAUGAUAAUCAAACGUAAAAAGUGUUUAGGUUGAUAUUAAGAAUCCGGCUGAAACGCUUUUGUUUGUUGUUAAAGAAAGCUCGCGCGCUAGCCGUGAACUUCCUUCAAGCGAUUUUGAAUAAGGAAGUAGCUCAGUUAGCUUAGCUUAGCUUAGCCUAGCCUAGCCAGCUAGCUAGCUCUCGAUAUGUAAACAUCCCAAAUGGAGGGUGUGUCCGAGUGAAUAUUUUUUUUCCUGAUUAUUUUAAAAAGAAAAUUUUUUUGGGAGAAUGGGCGACGCGGCGAAAGUUCAGCGUCGGGAGCAGUUAAAACGCUGGAACGGCUCGACUACAGACCGAGAACCGGCCGCGCCGCGGAGACGCUGGCGGGAUGUAGAGGAGGAUGGACGGGAAGAUGGAGAGAAAACACGGGACGCAGACGGCCAACGACCUGGCCGGCAACACGUCAGAAGAAGAAAGCGUGUGCGAUUUGAGAGGACGGCGGAGUUCCUGGCCGUCUGUGCCAGCGGAGACACAGAGGAGGCGAAGGAGAUGCUGAAGGAGUUGCAGAUUAUAAGCAAUGGGGACAAAAUGUCUGGACAGGACAUGGUUAAUUCUUCCAACGCCGAUGGAAUCUCAGCACUGCACCAGGCCUGCAUCGACGGUAGUAUGGAGGUGGUGGUCUUCCUCUUGUCUCAAGGUGCUAACGUAAACCAGGUGGACAACGAGGGCUGGACCCCGCUUCACGUAGCAGCUUCCUGUGGGAACAUGGAAAUUGCUGAAUACUUGCUGCAGAGGGGAGCAUCUCUUAGCUUGGUGAACUGUGAUGGCGACGUACCAUUAGAUAUCGCCAAAGACGAAGCCAUGGAGGCACUAUUGCAGCAGCACACCCUGAAACAUGGUGUGGAUGUGGAGGCAGCUAAGCGUUUGGAGGAGGAGUGUAUCAUGCGUGAUGCCCGUGGUUGGCUUACAGACGGUGUGCCAGCUGACCUGUACCACCCCAGAACUGGAGCUACACCCCUUCAUGUUGCGGCUGCAAAGGGCUACCUAGAAGCCAUCAAGUUACUGUGUCAGUGUGGCCUGGACGUGUCUGCUAAAGAUGGGGACGGCUGGACUCCGCUCCAUGCUGCAGCCCACUGGGGUCAGAGUGAGGCCUGUUGUCUCCUCGCAGAGCAACUUUGUGACAUGGAUGCCUGCAGCAAUGGGGGUCAAACUCCAUUUGAUGUUGCUGAUGAAAGUGUGGAGGCCUUGCUGGAGGAAUUAUUGCAGAGACAAGCUAGUUGGCGAACCGAACAAGCCAUUAAGGAUAAACAGAAUGCUCAAGCGUCCGCAAACGGCAACACUGCCAAAAAACGCAGAAGCUCGGUGUGUAGGAUGAGCAGCCGAGAAAAGAUGAGCUUGCAGGAUCAGUCAAAGGAACGAGGAGUCUCUGGAGGCCUGGAGAUUAAUGAGGACAAAGAGAGCAGUCCUGAGGCUUCAACGGUGUCAAGUCCAGAUACAGAAAGCAUCACUACCUCCACAGUCAGCCCUGCUGACAAGACCCCUGAAGAGAAGGAAGCGGAGGAGAAAGAGCAGGAGCGAGAGAGCCGUACUGCUCGUGUUCCUCCCACGCUGCAAAGAAGCGAAUCAGCCCCAGAGAGUCCUAGCGGUCCCUCUAGUGAUGGCAAAAAAUACCAGGCUCCAGUUCGAGACGAGGAGUCAGAGUCUCAGAGAAGAGCUCGGUCACGACUCAUGCGCCAGUCACGACGCUCCACUCAGGGAGUGACCCUGACCGACCUCAAAGAGGCGGAAAAAAUCGUUAAUAGGACGUCUGAACCUCAGCCCAGUCUUCAGCCCGUCAGUCCUGUUGUCACGGUAACGCCAGCAGAGAGAGAUACAGAGCCUGGGAAGGCUGCUAGCCCAGAGGGAGACUCCAAACUGGGUAUAAAUGUGAAAGAUCGCCGUAGAGCAAGGAGAGAGAGACGAUCGACUGGCAUCGCUGCUCUUAUGGGAGAGACAGAGGACCUGGAUGCGAACGAGCCUACACGUGCAUAUGGCACCUCAAGUGACACCCAGCCAGGAGAUGUAAAAUCCUUACUAUCCCUGGAUUUUAGAAAGCUGUAUGUGGAGGUGUUGAAGGAGAACGGCGCUCUGAGAGAGAAGCUUCAGGAGACGCAGCUGCAGCUCAGCGAGUGUAAAGUAGAGCUCGAGCGACUCCGACAGGUCUGCAGGCAGGAAAACGGCUGUGACCGACCGGCUCUACUGGAACUAGAAAGAUUUGAAAAGAAAGCUCUGGAGAGGAAAGCAGCAGAGCUUGAAGAUGAACUCAAGGUUCUUGUCGAUUUGCGUGCCGAUAACCAGAGGCUGAAAGACGAGAACGCUGCACUCAUUCGUGUCAUCAGUAAACUCUCCAGAUGAGCCUGCCUCUUCCGCCACUUCACUGAAACCACUGCCCAUCUCUAUCCCCAGAAUAAACUCGAAGAACGCUCUUCUCCUUCAGCGUGGUCAUAACACACUGCAACUGUGUGUGUCUGUGCGCAUGUGUGUGUGAGCUAUCUCACCCCUCGGGUGGCUAAACUACUGUUCUCCAAAUUAACCUGCACACAAAGGUGAACAGACCAAGCCGCAGCACAACCCUCAGUUAAAACAGCACACGGACAUGACAUCAGGAAAUUGUAGACCUCCGAUUACGACUGGCCUGAUUUUGCUCGUUCCAGGUCUCAAGAGCGGUAACACAUUACUUGAACUCAGUGAUCAGUUCAUAAACACAGGCACAAUUAUACAGCGUGUACAGCAGUGAUAGGUUACAACUAUCAUAUAGCAACGGCCACACAACCUUCGCUUAAGUGGAACAUUGUAUUUAACGUUUAACAAAAGCUAGAAUGCAAGAAUCUCAUCAUUUUUUUUUUUCCAUAAUAAUUUUAAGACAGAAAAAACAGGCUGGUGAAGAAACUAGCAUUUGUAGCUUCUAAGUGAUAACAGGAACCAGCUCGUGUUACACGCACGUUCCCCAACGUUACAUAUAAUUAUAAAUGAAUUAAUGAUUAUGAAGUGAUAAUUUCGGGCAAAUUAAUGUGGGAGCAAAACACAGUUGAGGAAAUGCAUUUAUUGGACAAUAAUCAACUUCAGAAAAGGUCACAGUUACUUUGUUUCAUUGAUUAUUUUCCUAUAAUAGCACAAGCAUGUGACGUACCGUGUGUUAACUGCCAUGUGUUUUAUCAUACGUGGCACUAUUCCAUAACUAACAACGGCUUAUUCCAGCAUAUGUGCUGAUGUGUUUCUGACACGUUCGUGUCAGUGUUAUGACACCGGGUUCAAGUAACGUGUCACCUGAAGUCCAUACUUGAAGUACAGCAGGUUGGAGGCAAAAUGCAGGGUGCUUUUUUUUCCCGUAUAUUUAACUAGAUCUUUUUUUUAUAAUUUUUUUUUUUGUGCACUGUUCUCUUAAUUAUGUUUUUGUUGUGUUUUUUUUUUUUGUUUUUUUUUAACCUUGUAGCCUAAUGCAAAAUAAGCCAGUACAAGGUUGCCAGUUUAUAUUCUUCUUCUUCGCUUUAGUCAUGUGUAUCCACUGUAGCUUGUAGUUUAGAUUCUGACAGUGUUGGACACCAGAGGGCACGGCCAAAUAUCAGCUUUUAGGACACAACCAAAAAAAAAGGCACGUCUGGAUUUUGCCAGUUGACGUGUCAGAGUUGUUGUUGUUUUUUUUAAGUUUUUUUUUUUUUUCUCUGAGUUGCUAACUUGGUCAUAUGACAGAAUUUCUUUUCACGACUCCACAACCUAGCAUGAAAUAUAGGUCAUUUAGCAAUUUCUCUAGUCAUUUCUUAAUGUCUGCUUAAUAUUAAAGGUGCAGUUUGUGAUAUUUAAAAGCGAUAGCAUCGUUUGAAAAAAUGCCAUACGAAAACUGUUGUGUAUUAUUCCAUUUUAGCUUCUGUUUACAUUUUUUUUUUUCCGGGUCCAAAAUUCAGCACCGCUCCCCGGAUUUAAACACCACCGCUCAGAUGUUUCCAGCUCGGAUCGAGGGAACAGUUGGGAUUAUCAGUUUACCGUGGCCGUUUUCUUCACAGACAGCAGAGGGCACAAAAUUACAAACUGCUCCUUUAAUAUUGUCUCUAUCAAAGGGCCCCUUUAUGGCGUCACCUUGCUAGCAUAGGACUGAAAAAUCCUGAAACUGUUAUUUCUCUUGUCUCUGACGCCACUAGUCAGGUUUGUAAGCAUGUUCGGUAAACCGUUAUAUUAGCAAAUGUCGAAGAUAAAAAUGUGCACUUUGCAUAUUUAGGUGAAAGCCGUGUGUUUACACUGGAAAAUGCUGCAGAAUGUAGAAUACGAUUAACACCUAGAGGAUACUUCAGGAAGACCAUGAGUUCAGUGACCCUAGUUUUGUAAUCGGCUUCUGUAUCAGAUCCUCUGCUGCAGUUUAUCCAGUCAGAAGCAUUCAUAUAAAUCAUCUAGCUGAUGUCGGCUCAUCAAACCACAAACAAGCUAUAAAAAUAAGCUCAAAAAUGGGAUAGUUUUACUGAUAUUCAGAGGUUUGUUUGUUUUUAUUAGUGGCAUGAUGGCAUUGUUUAGGGAAAAAACAAACGAUGAUUGGACCGUGAUGUGUGUUUAUUCUCCCAGCAACAAUACAUCAAAUCAGACAUAUUCCAUCUGUUCAUAGACCGUGGCACUAUUUCAACCUAAUCAGUUUAGGUGAUCUUCAGAUAAAUAGCUAAUUUACUCAUCGGUAAGUGUUAGGAAUGAUGGUUAAAUUGUCGCUAGUCAGUCAGGUUAUUUGCUUUGUAGAAAGGAAUAGAAUGAAACCGGACCUUUGGCGAAUUGUACAUGAAUAUCUCCGUGCUAGAACGUGGCGUGGAAGCACUUUCUGUAAGUUCUAGAAGGGGCAGCGCCGUUAGAGGAAGCUGUACAGUCUAUAAUUUGUGUUGUACAUUUUGUGUAAGUAAUACUAGUAUCCUAGGUUAUAUCAAGCUGAAGAAAAGAAGUAGUGAUGUCACAUGAUCAAGUAUGCUAAUCAUUUCUUGCUUACACUCCACCCUUUUUUGACCAGUGACACCUGACGCUCUGCAAAAUCAGGACCACGCUUGCAUUGUUAGAAUCAACACAAAUGCAAAUGUGCCAAAACCUGAAGCUCCACUCCUGCGUGGCUACAGGUGCUACGCUGUUGAGGACAGGGGCUUUCUCUCUCUAUCGCUCUCUCUCUCUCUCUUUCUCUCUCUCUUUGUGUCUUUCUCUCAGGACAAGAUUAGAUCAACACUGUACUCAAGCACACUGCUACUGUAUGUCGGACCAAACAGUCAUUGACAUUGUUGCUGUUUCUCAGCGAGCGAGUAUUUAUGAGUGUAAGUGAUGUAUUACAGAACUCGUGUCCUGUGCCAAUGGUGGUGUAGGGAUUUAUUUUUUUUUUUUUUUUUGUCAUUUAUUUUCCAAGAGAAGGAGGAGAAGAAUGUUUAUACUGUGAUUCCUGCUCUUAGAGGAACAGGCGCUUUAUAAGGUCAAAGCUUUUGACAGUUUACCAUCACGUUGUUGUUGUUUUUUUUUUUUUACUAUUAAUUGCUCUUGUUUUUAUUAAUAUUAAUUUUAUGCCAAUGCAUGCCAAGAUUGUAUUUCAAAAAAAAACAAAAAAAAACAUGUGCCUUUCUACAUAUCUAUUUUAAUAUUUUGAUGUUGCUCAGUUGAAAAGCUCUGGGCUCGUUGGCCCAAAAGUGCUCCAGUAGACUCCUACAGAUUCUGCUGUCAUUAAAAAAAAAACACACAUACAACCGUCUGCAUUUGGUGAAACAGCCAAUAAAAUUCAAUGGAAUCA